AUGGAAACCAGGCUGAUUCUGACUGCUUGGGGCUUUUUUCUACUAUGGAACCUCCUAACUGCGUCUUCAAGCACUUCGCUCAACCAGCCAGGGAUCAAAGUGAGGAUCACUCAGAAGGCCCUUGACUAUGGUGUGCAGGCUGGAAUGGGGACUCUGGAGAAGUUAAUAAAGAAAAAGAAAAUACCGGAUAUAAAAGGCUCUGAAACACUUGAAUUUCUAAAAGUUGGCUACAUCGACUACAAUUUUACAAACAUUCGAUUCAGUGCCUUUUCAUUUCCAAAUACCUCACUGAUUCUUGUACCUGGAACGGGGAUUAAAACGCUGACCAAUCACGGUUCCGCAAACGUCAGCACAGACUGGGAAUUAAAGUUCCCGUUUUUCAAAGAUAAAGGAGGAGCUUCUCUGUUCCUCUCUGAGGCGUUUUUCACGGGCAUCAUCAACUUGACCCGAAGUGCCACGGGCCACCUUACCAUGAAGCUUGAAGACUGCUAUGUUCACAUCAGUCAUGCCCAAAUUGCAUUUUCAGGAGAACUCAGUUCCCUAUAUAACUCCUUCUCUGAGCCAAUGGAGAAACCCAUCCUGAAGAACUUGAAUGAAAAAUUAUGUCCAGUUAUCAAAGACGAAAUGGAAAGUAUAAAUGCUGAGCUCAGAACGCUGAAGGUCCUAACCAAGAUUGAUGAAAAUACUUUGUUAGAUUAUUCUCUGAUUAACUCCCCGGAAAUUCAAGAGUCCUCCAUUGACAUGGAUUUGAAGGGCACAUUCUAUCUAAUGGAAAAUUUCACUGACCCUCCUUUCAGGCCAGCACCUUUCACUCUUCCGGACCUCAAAGACUUCAUGCUGUACAUCGGAAUCUCAGAAUAUUUCUUUAGGUCUGCGUCGUUUACCUAUUUCUCAGCCGGGUUCUUCAACAUUACCUUGACCACGAAAGAGAUUUCCAAGCAUUUUUUUCAAAACUCCAAACACUUUGGCAGGGUGAUUUCUCAGAUUGCAGAAAUAUAUUUAAGUUCUGAGCCGUUUAUAGUAAUGGUCAUGGUUACUUCUCCGCCAGCAGUCAAUUUACAACCAGGCAACUUUACCUUGGAAAUCCCAGGCUCCAUCAGGAUGUUUACCCAACCAGAAAAUUCAACUGCGGAAACCAUUCUUUCAAUGAAUUUUGUAGCCAGUACCAGCGUUGAUCUGGUUAUUUUAGGACAGAAGCUGAUCUGCUCCUUAUCUCUGAACAGAUUCCGUCUCUCUGUGCCCGAGUCCAGUCGAAGCUCUAUAGAGGUGCUGAGAUUUGAGAAUAUUCUGUCCUCCAUUCUCCAUUUUGGGCUCAUCCCACUGGCCAAUGCCAAAUUACAGAAAGGAUUCCCAUUGCCUAACCUGGACCAGAUUACCCUUGUUAAUUCUGACAUUGAAGUUCAUGAGGGGUUCCUCUUGGUUUCCAGUGAUGUUCACUACAAUCCUUCCGUAAGAAAGCAGUACACCACAGUGGCCAGAAAGGAGAAGCCACUUUGGCUGGAUUUGGAAAACUGGCUUGAACCUCCUUAUUGA